AUGGAGACCGAAAGUGAGCAGAACUCUGGCUCCACCAGCGGGAGCUCCAGUUCUGGAGGAAGCACCCGUCCUCAGAUAUCGCAGAUGUCUCUCUAUGAGCGACAGGCAGUACAGAGACAGCCCAAUGCAGCCCAGUACUUUCAUCAGUUUAUGCUCCAGCAGCAGCUUAACAGUGCCCAGCUUCACAGCCUGGCUGCUGUCCAGCAGGCUACAAUUGCAGCCAGUAGACAGGCCAGCUCCCCCAACACCAGCACCCCGCAACAGACCACCACCACCCAGGCCUCUAUCAACCUAGCCACCACAUCAGCUGCUCAGCUGAUCAGUCGGUCACAGAGUGUGAGUUCCCCCAGCGCCACAACCCUGACGCAGUCUGUGCUCCUUGGGAAUACCACCUCGCCGCCUCUCAACCAGUCACAGGCCCAGAUGUAUCUCCGGCCACAGCUGGGGAACCUGUUGCAGGUAAACCGGACCUUGGGCCGCAAUGUGCCUCUUGCCUCCCAACUCAUCCUGAUGCCCAAUGGGGCUGUGGCCGCUGUCCAGCAGGAGGUACCAUCCACUCAGUCUCCUGGGGUCCAUGGAGACACAGACCAGGUGCAGAACUUGGCUGUGAGGAGCCAACAGACCUCUGCCACUAACGCCCAGCUCCAAAGCUCUGCUCAGAAGGCAGCUCUGCCAGGAAGCUCCCAGGCGUCAGGCUUACCGCAGGCCAGCAGCACGGGCCAGACCUUGGCAGUGGCUCAGGCCUCCUCUGGCAGCACGGGCCAGUCCCUCAACUUGAGCCAGGGGGGAGCAGGCAGCAAUGGUGUCUCUGGGGGUGUGGUGGCAAGCGGUGGGAGCCAGACCUCAACGGGAUUGAGCCAGGCCUCCUCGGCAGGCGCUACUGGCAGUUGCCAAAGGAAAGGCACAGGGGUGGUUCAGCCGUUACCAGUAGCAGCUGCCCAGGCUGUGACUGUCAGCCAGGGAAGCCAGACAGAGACAGAGAAUGCAGCCACAAAGAAGGGUGAAAUGGACAGCAGUGGACAGCAAACAGUGGGCAUGAACCUGACCAGGACUGCUACGCCAGCACCCAGCCAGACACUGAUCAGCUCAGCCACAUAUACACAGAUCCAGCCACACUCACUGAUCCAGCAGCAGCAGCAGAUCCACCUGCAGAAGCAGGUGGUGAUCCAGCAGCAGAUUGCCAUUCAUCACCAACAGCAGUUUCAGCACCGCCAGUCCCAGCUCCUCCACACAGCCACCCAUCUCCAGCUGGCACAACAGCAGCAACAACAGCAAGCACCAUCUCUGACCCAACAGCAGCAGCAAGCUCAGCCUCCACAGCAGCAGGCUCCACCCCAAAAUCAGCAGCAGGCUCAGACCCUUGUGGUGCAACCUAUGUUGCAGUCCCAGCCACAGCCUGUGCAGCUCCAGCAGGACAAUCCUUGCCAGCCAGCCACCAAGUCACCUGUUCCAAUUCAGUCAAAAUCUCUGGUCACCCCUAUCAAACCACCUCAGCUUGGGCCUGCCAAAAUGUCAGCAGCACAGCAGCCUCCACCACACAUCCCAGUGCAGGUGGUGGGUACUCGGCAGCAGGGCUCAGGCCAAGCCCAAGCACUGGGUUUGGCCCAGAUUGCUGCAGCAGUGCCGACAUCCCGGGGAAUGCCAGCUGUGGUCCAGCCUGUUUCCCAAGCCCAUGCUGCUUCCCCAUCAUCGUCUUCAGCUCCAGCAUCCUCACAGGAAGCUCCUCCUCUCACCACAGGGGUGAAUUUGGCACAAGUUCAAGGCACAGCCCACAUGGUGAAGAGCCCAGCCUCCUCUCCAGUUGUGGCUCAGAUGCCAGCAGCAUUCUACAUGCAGUCUGUCCAGUUGCCAGGCAAGUCUCAGACCUUAGCGGUAAAGCGCAAGGCAGAGUCAGAGGAGGAGAAGGAGGAAUCAUCCAGUGCCACUGCACUUCUGCCUGCCAGGUCCUCUCCUGUGACAGAGAGUCCCAAAAACAUGGAAGAGAAGAGUGGCCUUGGAGAUAAAUCUGAUCCUGCUGCUACUGCAACCCCAAAUACCACCUCAAGUGAAGGAGCAUCAGUCGCCCCUGCCCCUGCUCCCACCCCUAACCUGGCAAUGACGUCACGUCAGAUGGGAGACUCGAAACCCCCACAAGCCAUUGUCAAGCCCCAGAUCCUCACACACAUCAUUGAGGGCUUUGUAAUCCAGGAAGGAGCAGAGCCCUUUCCAGUGGGUUGUUCUCAGCUGCUGAAAGAAUCUGAGAAACCACUGCAGGGAGAGGCCCCUUCUGUCCAGAGUGAAAACCUGUCCAGCAAUUCUCCGGGAGGGGACAGUGCUUCUGUGGAGCUUGAUAAGAAGGCAAACUUGCUGAAGUGUGAAUACUGUGGGAAGUAUGCCCCAGCAACCCAGUUCCGUGGCUCCAAGAGGUUUUGUUCCAUGACCUGUGCUAAAAGGUACAACGUCAGCUGCAGCCAUCAGUUUCGGCUGCAGAGAAAGAAGAUGAAGGAAUUCCAGGAAGCCAACUACGCUCGCGUGCGCCGGCGGGGACCACGGCGCAGCAGCUCUGAAAUUGCUCGAACAAAGAUCCAGGGCAAGCGCCACAGGGGCCAAGAAGACUCAAGUCGAGGCUCUGAUAACUCCAGCUAUGAUGAAGCUUUGUCCCCUACAUCUCCAGGACCCUUGUCAGUAAGGGCUAGUCAUGGAGAGAGGGACCUGGCAAACUCUAGCAUGGUCCCGCCUACCCCAGACCUACAUGGCAUCAACCCAGUCUUUCUGUCCAGCAAUCCCAGUCGUUGGAGUGUGGAGGAAGUGUACGAGUUCAUUGCAUCACUGCAAGGUUGCCAGGAGAUUGCUGAGGAGUUUCGGUCACAGGAAAUUGAUGGCCAGGCCCUGUUGCUUCUGAAGGAGGAACACCUCAUGAGUGCCAUGAACAUCAAGCUGGGACCAGCUCUCAAGAUCUGUGCCAAGAUCAAUAUCCUCAAGGAGACCUAACAGCUCUGAAGUCGGAGGUCUCACUUCUGCUCUGACCCCAGGGCAGCUGUCAGCUUUGGAGCAUCCUGCUGGGGCAGGGAAGAAUGGGACAGUCCCCUGUGGUCUUGCAUUCAAGAAUGAGAAGGAAUUUAACUGACUGAAACUGCCACGCACAAGCCCAUGUCUUGG